AUGUAUCCAACUCAACAAUCACAAUUCCAAUAUCGUCCGGAUCAAUAUGUCGCUUAUCACCAUCCACACCAACAAUAUCAACCACCACAACAUAACUUUCAUUAUCAACAACCGCAAGUAGUCCACGAAUCCAAUGUGGUUCCACCAGACCCAUUCAGUUCAAUUGAGCCAAUGGAGACAACUGUCCAACCAAAGGAGCAAAUCUUGGAGGAAAUCGUCCGCGAAUGCGAGGAAAUCGAGCGUCGCUCAAACUCCAGUGAUUCUCCAGUCUCCAAUUGGUCUUCUGACGAACAAGAUGGUCCAUCAUCCGUUAAAUCUUAUCAUCCAUACAAAACACCUGAGAAGAAGGAGAGAAAGAAGGCUCAAAACCGUUUAGCCGCUACCAGAUACCGUGAGAAGAAGCGUCGUGAGAAGGAAGAGGCUAUGACUUGCAUCGAAGGUCUUUCUGUCACUAACUCAAAACUCAAGGAUCAGGUAUCCGAGCUCGAACGCGAAGUCCGAUAUUUCAAAAAAUUCAUGCUCGAAAUGGGAAUGAAGAAUUUGGAAAUCAAGAUCUAA